ACUGAAAAGUACACGAUUAAACACAACCACAAUGCGACAAGUGAAACCGUGACGGCUCUGAGCAUGUGAGAGGUAAUUUGCAUGGCCACACCCCUAACCACUGCGGAGCCUGUUCCAUCCCAUGCAUUUUACCCAUGAAACAUCCCGUGAGCUCAUCAUUUCUCACUGAGGACACUGAGGCAACUUUUCACCUGACUAACCCUCCAUUUACUGCAGGUGAGAUCCCACCUGAUGACCUCUACUCGUGACUGGGCUGGAGGUCAGGGCAUUCUGACCAGAAGGUCAGCGGUUUGAUCCCCUGAGCUGACAGUCCAUGACUGAGGUGUCCUUGAGCGAGACACCUAACUCCCAGCUGCUCCCCGGGCGCUGUGGACAGGGCUGCCCACUGCUCCGGAAAGACCUGCAGAAACAUCCCCCUCAGAAAUGGCCUGUUCAAAUGACCACCGAAGAUUUGAUGACGACUCUGACAGCAGCGGCAGUGCUGACUCAAAUCGCCGCAUGGAACAGCCUCCCUCUGCAGAACUCGGUGUCCCACCAGAUGAAUCUCUCAUGGCAAAAAUACACUUAUACACCUCACUCUUUGACAGCAGUGUCUCAGAUCUGAAGGCCCAAAUCAGUAAACUGACGGAAAUAACUGACAAUUUAGAGAAAACUCAUCGGAACGCCACCAUUGGAAGCCUGUCUGGGGGAGUGAUUUCAGCAACUGGAGGAAUCGCCUCGAUUGUGGGAGUUUGUCUGGCUCCAUUCACUCUGGGUGUGUCUCUGAUCGUGACAGGUGUAGGUGUUGGAGUUGCAGUUGCUGGUGGUGUAACAGGAGCUGCAUCCAACUUCACAGACAUGGCUCAACAGAGAAAAUCACGAGAGGAAAUAGAAGAAAUUCUCAAAGCAUUUCAGAAGAAGAUUUCUCCCAUUAUCAAAUGUCUGGAAGGUAUAGUGGCCCUGCUUGAUAAGAUACAGAGAGCUGAGUUCAGUGAAUCACCUGUACAGAAAGUACAAGCCAUAUUUGGAGUGUCCAGAGGGGCAGGACAUGCAGCUGAACUCCUACGGCUGGUUAGCUUUGUUGAGAUUGGCAAAGUAGCAGCGCAGGUAUCUAGAACUCUUAGAGUAGCUGCAGCAAUGACCGGAGUGAUCUCUGGGCUUUUACUCGUGUUUGAUAUCGUCUUUAUUACCAAAGACGUCAAUGAACUCAUAGAAAUAGACAAAAAGCAGAAAGAUGGGAGCGAGAAAUCAGACGUAGUCAAGUUCAUUCAGGAAAUGAGAAAAACUGCUGAUGAUCUAAAGCAAACACUGAAAGAGCUUAAAACGCAUAAAGACACACUAAAUGCAGAGAUCACCGAUAAACUGAAAGAAACCUCAUCUGCAUAGAAGACUAUCUGAGUUAUUAUUAAGGAUGUAUUAAUAUUUAUGUGGCAGUGUGUCGUUGCGCUGGAUUAUUCACUUCAGGGAUUUUAUAAAACAUAUAAAAAUAAAUGGAAUGAAAUAGAAAAAAAAUAAACACAGUCACAUUUCCCUGAAUUCACUUUGUAUGAAUGAAGACAAAACCAAGUAUAAUCAGUGAACUAUAUGGAAGAGCUCUUCUACCUUGAAAGCCAAGUUAACCCUUUUUUUCUAGGAACAGUUCUUUUAGAAAAUGUCCGUGGAGUAUGUAGAAAAACUCCGGAAAAAUUGGAGGAAAAAUGCAAAAAUAAUAUUUGGGUACCCAAAAAAAAAUAAAUUUCCAAAACUGUAAUUUAUACUUAAGUGCUCCAGGACAGAUUCAGAACAGUAGCGGGGGUCUUCCUCUUCCUCUUCCCCUCUCUCUCUCUCUCCGUCUCUCUCCCUCUCCCCGUCUCCCUCUCCCUCUCU